UCCUGUCUAGUCAAGCAAAUCCAGCUACCUUAGAUGCGGAGAGCCACUAAGCAUCGCUACUUCACCUUCCCUUCGCGCUUCACAUAAUGGCCUUCAAGAUGCGCAAGGACAUCAAGAACUCCUCCUACUAUGUGUGGUUCUUGGGUGCGCAAGAAGCGAGGGGCUUGCGCGGGCCCGAGUACGUUCUGCCGGUCAUCAAGAGCCUCGUCGAGCGCGAGAAGGACGUCGAGCCGUUCAAGAUCACGCUUCAGGUCAGCUCGAAAGGCAUCAAGAUCAUCCAGAACGUGCCAACGCCGAUCGGCGAAUUGCCCGUCCCUCGGGCCUACCCCAAGACGCAGAAGACGGAAGUCAUCAAGCACUUCAUCCCUCACCACACCCUGACCUACGUCCUACAGGAUAACGACAUCGUCGCUUACAUCUUACUGCUCUUCAACCCCGUCACCAAGUGCCCUGUCCACGUCCACGCGCACCGAUGUGACUCCACCGAAACGGCCUUCACGCUGACAAGCCUCCUCCAGACACUGAUCGAGCGACCGGAGAACCAGAAGAAGCUAACGUCCAUCGAGAUCAGUCUGAAGGCGAAGGGGCUGCUCCCGCCGGUUGGGGUCAAGGCCAAGCGCCCGCAGGUCACCUCGCCGCCGCCCAGGAAGCCCGACUCCGAGGUGGAGCGAGAGCGAGGGAAUCUCAUGCCGCGAACGCCAUCUACCGACCGAAUCGCGAACUUGUACGAUUCCCUGGCGGCGGAGCUCCGCGAGAAGCUCGGCUCGCCGCCGGCCGGGCAUGCGCCUAUCCUCCUGCCACCAAGGGACUACGAUACCGUCCACCGUCAGAAGGGUAACCUAGUGAAUAUCGAGACGCGCGAGUGCCGGUCCGCGAAUGUGGUCGGUGUUAAUGUCAAGAACUCCCGCAAGAGCGCGGAGGCGAACAGGAUUGCCAACGGGAUCGCGCCCGCCAGGACCAAGAUCGGGUCCUCCGGCGGGUCCAGCGGCAUCGGCUCGGACCACGCACCCAGCCCCGAGCAGGACUCCGAGACCCGGUUUUUGGACCAUGAAUCUAGCUCAGGUAAGCUGAAAAUUAAGUCUUCAGUUUAA